AAUCAAAACGCGGUACUUUAUUUUGAUUUCCAUCGGAAAAAAGUCGGAAGGAUUGCAGGAUAAUAAGCAAUCCGCUGUUCACCAUAAUUUGACCCUUACCUGCUUCACUUCCAUAUUUGGAUAAAAUUGGAGUUUGUCAAAGAGCGAGGACCUCGGUCUAGUAAUCAUGACAACGUUGGUGUCCUGUUACAACCGUGGAUGUGGUCAAAACUUUGAUCCACAAAAGAAUAUCGAAGACGCCUGUGUUUAUCAUCCCGGAGUGCCAUUUUUCCACGAUGCGUACAAAGGAUGGACGUGCUGCAACAAGAAGAGUGUCGAUUUCACCGAGUUUCUCAAUAUUAAGGGUUGCACAGUCGGCCUUCACUCGAAUGUGAAACCUCCGGAACCGGAGAAAAGAAAAGAUGAAUCAAAGGACACAGAAGAGCCGGCUCCGGUCGAAGUGAAGAUUCGAGAACCGAUCCGCCCCACUAUGGAGCGCCCACCGUUCGAAACGGGGCUCACUUCCAUAGAUCCCUGGGUGGCACCGGCUUUCCGUAAGCAGAUCGACGAAAUGCCAAUCGCUGUGGUGCCGAAAAAAACGGCAGCCGAACUUGCCGCUAUCGAACCGGGGACGGUUUGCAAACACGGCGGAUGCAAUUGUACUUACGAGGAGACAAAGACGAAAGAUACACCGUGCGUAUAUCAUCCGGGUGUGCCCAUUUUUCACGAGGGCCUAAAAUUUUGGUCCUGCUGUCAGCGCAAAACGUCCGAUUUUACCGCGUUCAUGAAUCAACCCGGCUGCGAGACUGGCGCCCAUCGGUGGGUCAGUGAGGAGGACGAAGCGAAGGCUGUAAAGUGCCGCUUGGAUUGGCACCAAACGGCCACGACCGUGGUGGUUACCGUUUACGCCAAAAAUUACCACUAUGCUAAGAGUUUCGUACGAGCCAACCCGAUCCGGUUGGCAAUUUGUUUGGUAUUCCCGCAGCAGAAUGGAAAUGAGUACAACGUGGAUAUGGAGCUGCGUGGGGUCAUUGACGUCGGGCAGUGCAAGGUGCAUAUGUAUGGAACAAAGGUGGAAAUCACGCUGAUUAAAGCUGAACCAGGGACAUGGGCUAAGCUAGACUUUCCCCGAGCGAAACAGAUACAGGAUUCGCAGAAAGUAGACGACAAAAGCAAGGCAGACAAUAAUAACGGCACAGACAGCGACUCCGAUGUAGAUUUGGAUGAUUUGGAGCCUUCUAUGCGUACGGCCACUAUUACUGAAAUUAAGGACUAAAUCUCUCUCUAACGCUUGCGAUCAAUUCCUUCACAUAGUAUGUCGGAUCAUUAUAUAAUGAAAUAAAAACAGAAAGGAUCAAAUCUCAUAA